UGGUACCAGAGUGCUUUGCGGCAACAUGGCUGCCCCCAGGCUACGCUGCGCUCGCCUAGUUCGGUCCUUGUUGGGGGCCUGGCAGCUGGGCCCGCGUGCUGCGAGGGAGUGGGAGGCUCCGCCCGGCUUGCUUCUAGGUAACCAGGUGAGGUGCGUGUCCUGUGGUGUCGUGGGCUCCGCUUCCUCUGGUCCGCUCCUGGCCUCCGCCUCCAGUCGUUAUGGUCAGGACUCCGCCUUGGACCGUAUCCUUGGAUUCCCUCAGCCUGACAGUUCGUUGGCUCCGAGCGUCCCCGCGGUGUCGGUGCACAGAGAUGACCAGAAUCUGCUCUUGGUCCAUACUCCUGACAUGCCUGAGAAUUCACGGGUCCUCCGAGUGGUCCUCCUGGGAGCCCCAAAUGCAGGAAAGUCAACACUCUCCAAUCAGCUGCUGGGCCGCAAAGUGUUUCCUGUCUCCAAGAAGGUGCAUACCACUCGCUGCCAAGCUCUAGGGGUCAUCACAGAGAAGGAGGCCCAGGUGAUUCUGCUUGACACACCUGGCAUCAUCAGUCCUGUUAAACAGAAGAGACACCAUCUGGAGCUGUCUUUGUUGGAAGAUCCAUGGAAGAGCAUGGAAUCUGCUGAUCUGGUUGUAGUUCUUGUGGAUGUGUCAGACAAGUGGACCAGGGGCCAGCUGAGCCCUCAGGUGCUGCAGUGCUUGGCCCGCUUCUCCCAGGUCCCUAGCAUCCUUGUCCUAAACAAGGUAGAUUGCCUCAAGCAGAAGUCAGUUCUCCUGGAACUGACAGCCACCCUCACUGAAGGUGUGGUCAAUGGUAAGAAGCUCAAUAUCAAGCAGGCCUCGCACUCACGCCUUGGCACCCACUGCCCCAGCCCUGCAGCAAAGGACCCAAAUACACACUCAGUGAGAAACCCUCGGAGAAUUGGCUGGCCCAACUUCCAGGAGAUCUUCAUGUUGUCAGCACUAAACAACAAGGAUGUGAACACACUAAAGCAAUACCUUCUGGCACAAGCCCAGCCAGGACCCUGGGAGUUCCACAGUGGAGUCCUCACUAGCCAGACACCUGAAGAGAUCUGUGCCAAUAAAAUCCGAGAGAAGCUCCUAGAGUACCUGCCUGAGGAGGUGCCCUACAAUGUGCAGCAGAAGACAGUGAUAUGGGAGGAAGGACCAAGUGGGGAGCUAGUGAUCCAACAGAAUCUUCUGGUGCCCAAAGAAUCUUAUGUGCGGAUCCUGAUUGGUCAGAAGGGCCUCUUGAUCUCCCAGAUUGCACAGGAAGUGGGCCAAGACCUCAUGGACAUCUUCCUCUGUGACGUUUGCAUCCGCCUCUCUGUGAAACUUCUCAAAUGACCAUCUUCUGAUGCUACUCCUAGAGCAUCCCUGCUCAACUGCAGCAGUGACUGACUGGGACUACCCCUGUGAAAGGGGCCUCUAGGCCUGGUAAGGGCUGUGGACACUGGGUGGCUGUUGGCCUGGCCUUGUUGAGUCUGCACAGUGCCUGCCCAACCAUGUUUUCCACUGGAGGAAAGAAGCCGCCUUAGUUCAGUUUUCAGGUAGGGUCUCAGCUAUGCAGGUCUUAGACCUCUGUCUCCCUGGUGUGAAUAGGCUCAUUCCUCCCCUGCUAGCAUUGGACCCACUCUUGCUUUGAGCACCCAGGUGUAGGAAGAAAGUUUUUCUCUGUGACCCCAAGUUCCUCACCUUGAAGUUACAUAAGUACAUAAGGAUCUGUCUUUCUUUUUCUUCCUUCCUUCCUUUUUUUUUUUUUUUUUUUUUUUUUUGGUUUU